GACAAGUCUUCAUAUUUGGAAACAGCUACGACACUGAGAAGUUAUAUAAAUGUCGUUUACCUAAGAACGUGUAUCAUGUACUGUGGUGGUUGUAAGUUUGAUGGUAAUAUUCGUUAUCGAAAAUUUUCGUAGCGUUAUGGUAUCCGAGUACGAGUAGUGUUUGGGAAAGGACAGCUGACGGCGAGGACGAGGCGAGGUUAGUGGCAGUGUGCUAUCUACUAGGCCUGAGCAUUGAGCCUGAAGAGACUCGCGGCCAGAGGCAAGCAACAGGUGGAAGAGUGAAGAUGAAGGGGUGGCAGCUCAUAGUUUACCUAGCUACACUAUGCCUAGGGUGCUACGCUGAGGACAAACCAACUCCACUCGUAAUUUGGCAUGGAAUGGGAGAUACUUGCUGUUUUUUCUUCAGCAUGGGACGGAUCAAGAAGAUGGUUGAGGAGAGGAUUCCUGGUAUAUAUGUCAGGUCACUCAUGAUUGGUGGUAACAUUAUUGCUGAUGAAGAACAUGGUUACUUUGGGAAUGUAAACAAUCAAGUGGAGGAAGUGUGCCAGAAACUUUCUAAUGAUCCUGAACUACAAGGUGGUUAUCAUGCCAUGGGAUUUUCACAAGGAGGACAGUUUCUCCGUACUGUGGCUGAGCGUUGUCCUGAGCCAGCAAUGCGUAAUCUCAUCACAUUUGGUGGUCAACAUCAAGGAAUAUUUGGCCUUCCAAACUGUCCUUCAGGCAAUGCUCUUUGUGAGGAGAUGCGACGUCUCCUAAAUCUUGGAGCUUAUAUCAAACGUGCCGUGGCUGAGCGCUGUCCAAAUCCUUCCAUGAAGAAUUUGGUUACUCUUGGUGGACAGCAUGAAGGUGUGUUUGGUUUGCCAUCUUGUCCAUCGUCCCCAAGUGAGUCCCGCUUAUGUGAAUAUGUCCGUAAGCUUCUGAACUAUGGAUCUUAUGUUUCAAAUGAAAGCUUUGAUGGAGGACUACACAACCCUUUUCUUUUAACAACACAUUGGGAGCUUAGUGACAUAAUCCAAAUCACCAUGCCACAUACUACUCCAAAUUGGAUUCAGGACAGCCUGGUUCAGGCUCAGUACUGGCAUGACCCGCUGCAUGAAGAGGACUACCGCAACUAUUCAAUUUUCCUUGCUGAUAUUAAUAAUGAAAAGGUGGUGAAUGAGGAGUAUCGCAGCAAUUUGAAGAAGCUUGAAAACUUUGUUAUGGUUAAGUUCCUGAAAGAUUCCAUGGUGGUUCCAACAGAGAGUGAAUGGUUUGGUUUCUACUCUCCAGGCCAAGAUCAGGAAAUUCUGUCCCUUCAACAAACAGAACUGUAUCUGGAGGACCGUCUAGGACUGAAGGAGAUGGAUGAAGCUGGGAAACUUAAGUUUGUCAGUGUUGAUGGUGACCAUCUUGAGUUUUCAGAUGAAUGGUUCCUUCAGGAGAUUGUUGACAAAUAUGUAACAUAAUAUUGUUCAUAUUUUCUAUAUAGAUUUUAAAUCUUACCUUAUUCUGAAAUACCAUUAUUUGCUUAUACAUUGAUUAUUAACUAAAGCAUUUUAAACACUAUUCAGUAUAUUUAUGUAUCAAUUUUUACUCAAAAUAUUAUGCUGUAAAGGUCUAGCUUUCUAUUUACAAUACAUACAUAACCUUAGCAUGGAAGAACAACAAAUGAAACUUCAUCAUCUGAAAUAUAGUUUGGAUUAUGAUUGUAGCUACAAUGGCCACAAAAAAAAGUAUACAUCACUGAAUUUUGAUUAACAAGACUAUACAAUACAAAAUAAGGCAGUUUUAUUUUAGAAUUUUAUCUUACAAUUAGUAUUUCAACAUAUUUUCCGUGGACUUCAGAACACACUGGAUUCUCCUGGGCAUGGAAUCAGCAAGGGUGGAGAAGUAGGAUGCAUUGAAGUAGAUCCAUAUCUUUUUCAGCUCCUCUGUCAGGUUCUUGAUACUGUUGGGGCAUGAAUUCUCCAGGUUAGUAUGCCAGGUGUUUUCAAUUGGGUUGAGGUCUGGGGAGUUGCCUGGCCAGUCAAGAACACGUUUAUUGUUUUUCACCAUGAACUCCGUGACAGCCAUGGACUUAUGUGCUGGUGCUAAGUCGUGCAUAGAAUAUUCUGCUUCGUGAAUGCUCCAAAAUGUCAGCAUGUGCUCCUCCAAAACCUCAAUAUAAUUAGUUGCCUUCAUUGUCACGUUCUUAGGAAGAAAGUAGUUUAACAGAGCCCUUAUGACCAGUGAAUGCCCCCCACAUCAUAACACUGUCUGGAUGUUUGACCAUUUUGACAGUGUAUUGGGGAUCAUAACGGAACACAUUACUGGGCCUCCUCACGAUCUUAGAGUCAUUCCUGAUCAGCCAGAACAUGCUUUCAUCUGUGAACAUUACUUUCUGCCAGUCUGCCGAUCUCCACUACUCGUAUUUCCGGCAGAAAUCCAAACGUUGCCCUGUCAGAAGCGGUUUUUUGGCAGCGCGGUGUGCUGACAAUUUUAAGUCCUUCUGAAGGUGUUGAAUAGUUCACACCAAAACGUUCUGCAAGAGGUUGAGGGGUUUCUCUUUUAGGCUGACAGCUGUAAUCGAAGUCCUUCACCUCUCUUGCCAGGACCUUGCCUGUGCACAGAGACGUCUUCCUCAGUGCCCCAUAGUUUGGUUUUCUAGCUUGUACCGCACCAAGACAGAGGUUCUCUACUGCGGUUUUUAGCUUGCAAAUGGUCCUCCUCAUCACCUUUAAUUCUGCCACUACGCCUAUGACAGACCAGCCUUAGACUAGGAGGGCAAAGGCCUGGGUUUUAUUGUGAAGAGACAGCUGUGCAUAACCCAUAAUAAUGAAUGUUGGGUGUCUGGUAGCACAUUGAAGUUGGCACGCAAAUAGGGGCGCUCAGAAGCAGCAUAACAAAAACUCUCUCUGUAGAAGUGCUGGAGGUACACUGAAGCCUUGUGUGGUAAGGAAUAAUGAAUAGAGGUGGGGUCUAGCCAAUGAACAUCAUCACUAGCUCCACUCUGCCAGUGACAUUAAUGCAAAUAAACACUGCACAUUCGUGUGUGUACUUUUUUUGUUGCGUUGAAAAUGUAUACUUUUUUGUAGCCACUGUAUUAUAUUUUAAUGACAAUAUAUAGCAACACUGCAAAAAAAUAAACUUUUAAUAUGUA